UGCAUCCCUGGCAGUCAACCCUCCCUCCCUGCUCAGCUACUCAGGAGACCUUGUUCACUGCGUGAACGCACGCAGUGUCAGGGUGCUCGGAAGGAAGCUUGUCCCCUCUUUUCAGCCACCUGCUGUUUACACUGGGGAGCUAAUAGGUAAUGACCUAUUCCGUCAGACCGGAAAGGCCUUGCAGGAUGUACAUCCUGACACAGAGGAGACUGAUCAGAUGCUGGAGGAUGUCGGCACCGAGGAGGAGCUGGAAGAUGAGGGCUUUGAAGAUACUGCUUUAGACCCAACCGUUGAAGUACUGGACCUGUCCUCUGAACCUUCAUCUGUCACCACCAGCUCAGCCCACAUUCCAACUCCCACCUCUCUUCAGGCCUCUGCUGGUCCUGCAUCUGCUAUUGCUCCAGCAUCACCUGAGCAACAACUGAUUGUGCAUGAGAGCACAGAUAGUCACUCUGGCCCAUCAGCCCUCCCUACCGGCUCUGCACCUGUCCUCCCAACUCCCACUGGCCUUCCAGCUACCACGCCCGCUGCAACUGCUUGUCCCUUUUCUUCACCACCCAUCACCCUUGCCCCACCUCAACAACAGCUGGCUUUCAAUUUCCUGACCAAGAAGUCCUCAACCACCAGCUCAGCCUCUGUCCCUCCUCUCCCCACCGCCCUCACAACCACUUUCUCUGCUGCUACAGCUACUGCUGGGUCACAAACCAUCACCCCGGCCGCACCUGAGCAACAGCCGGCUGUUGAUGAGCACGGUAUCCCAGGGAAGGACCGAGUGGACAGCCUGGCAGAGUACUUGGUGGGGCUGAGGAGUGAAACCGGCCAAACACUCAGCAACCAACAGGAGCUUGAACAACCAACAUCUAUCAUUGUUCCAGGGGACUGGGUGUUUGUCAAAGUCAUUAAAAAAGCAGCCCAAGGUGGGAAGGACCAUUCCAGGUUCUCCUGACCACGCCAACAGCAGUAAAGAUCGCAGAAAGAGGCUCCUGGAUCCAUCUCUCACACUGUAAGAAAGCACAUCAGCUAUCUAAGACUCAGGUGAGACCUAGAUCACUGACCUCAGCAUCUCCAUGGGAUAGUCUGGCUACAAAGGGGAGUGAAACCAACAGGGUCACUCGUCUCAAACCAGUGAAGAAACCAUCAGUGCCUGGAGAUAGUAGGAGGAAAGUGUCUGGGGUUACUGGCUUUCUCCGAAAGAGACUCUGAUGACAAAUGAAUAUAUAAUCGAUUUAAAUUAUAUUUGGAUUAUGUCAUCAGCAAUUCUAGUCCGUAUACCUGGGGUUACAGACCACGAGAGGCCACUUAUUGGUCGACUGACACUUAUUAAAGGACAAUCCUCAACAAAUUGCAAAAAAGAUAAUUGUAAUCUAUUACUGAUAACCCUAAAAGAUCCACAAGUGAGUGAUAGCGGUUUAUAUGUUCUAGGAGCCUACGAAUCAGGCACCGACCCACUUGGCCGGUUCAUCAUAAAAGUAAAUAAAAAAUGUUCAAAUCACAUAGAAUAGAAAUAGAAAUCCUCUCGGGUCGUUUGAUACACAUGUAUACAUCGAUGAGAUCGGGGUGCUUCGAGGGGUACCUGACGAAUACAAAGCUCGAAAUCAGGUAACCGCAGGAUUUGAGUCAUUGUUCUUUUGGUUGGCUACAAUUAAUAAAAAUGUAAAUUGGAUAAAUUACAUUUAUUAAAACCAACAACGGUUUGUGAACUACACACGAGAUGGGUUUAAAGGAAUACUGUAUGACAAAAAUUAUGAUGUACCAACACAUACCAACUGAUAUUGAUGAGGAUGAUGAUGAAAGUAUUGUUUAAAAAUGUGCCUUGUGAUGAUGGGUGAACGAACUAUGAAGUACACUAUGAAAAUCUGUGAAGAAGAGUAGUGUGUGGAAAAUACGGAUGUACCUAAUUCACCUGUAUGUAUAUAGUAAGAAUUCUUAUUGUGUGAUAAAAUAAAAAGUUUUUUUUAUUUACUAGAAGUUCAUAAAGUAUAAACAGGAGGGAAAUGUUGGAAAAAUUGUGAUACUUUAUGAUUAACAUAACCAUCUUAAAGGGAAACUGUAUUAUCCUGAAUAGAACUUUCCAUUAUUGUGUUUACUUUUAAGACGGGUGCUGUCUGAGAGGAGCGCAGUGACCUUCACUGUUCCUCCUGACCACUACACCAAAACAUUAACUAUGAUAAUGCUCUAUUAUUUCUGUCUCAUUUCAGCAACAAUGCAAGGUCACUCUCACGUAUUCUUUGUAUAAAAUUCUGUGUGAAUCUUGCAUCCGUUGAACAUUUGCAUUGAAAGCUCUUGAGUGUAACUUGUUCCCUUGCUGCAAGAAUAAAUAUCCUACUCUUAUAAUUUUCA